GUAAACAACAACAAGCGUGAUCUAACAAUUCAAUAUUUUCAUAAUUAAUUAUAAAACUGAAAUACGUAUAAAUAUUCGAUAAUGGUUAGAUAUGCACAACUUGUUAUGGGACCUGCUGGUAGUGGGAAGUCCACAUACUGCAGUAAUAUGGUAAAGCAUGGAGAAUCCAUCAGGAGAAUUGUGCAUGUUGUCAACUUGGAUCCAGCUGCAGAACACUUUGACUAUCCAGUGCUAGUGGAUGUCCGUGAGUUAAUUCAAGUCGAUGAUGCUAUGGAAGACGAAUCUCUAAGGUUUGGACCAAAUGGUGGACUGGUCUUUUGCAUGGAGUAUCUGUCACAAAACUUUGACUGGCUCCACGAACAACUUGAUGACAUUGAAGAUGACUACAUCCUUUUUGACUGCCCAGGCCAGAUUGAGCUCUACAUCUGUAAAUCUCUACCACAACAAGCCUAUUUUGUAGGCCAGAUUGAGCUCUACACCCAUAUCCCAGUGAUGAAACAGCUGGUGGAGGCACUGCAGAAGUGGAACUUUAACGUGUGUAGCGUGUACCUGAUUGACUCACAGUUCCUCAUCGAGGCCUCCAAGUUUGUGUCUGGCGUGUUGACAGCUCUCUCCACCAUGGUGAAUCUUGAGACGGCACAUGUGAAUGUGAUGACCAAGCUGGACCUUCUAAGCAAGAAGGACAAGAAACAGUUAGACAGGUACCUGGAGCCGACCAUGCAGGGCUUGUUGUAUGACGAGUUUGAGGAUGACAAAUUUAGUAAGAAGUUUAAGAAACUGAAUGCUGCCAUCGCAGCUAUGAUUGAUGACUACAGCCUUGUGCGGUUCCUGCCCCUUGACCAGUCAGACGAGGACAGCAUCAAUUAUGUACUGCUGCAGAUCGACACCUGUCUGCAGUUCGGGGAGGACAUGGAACCCAGAGAAAUGAGGGAGCAGGAAGAGGACCCAGAUCAGGUGGACAGCGGCUUUGAUGGAUGACCAUGUCAAUACCCUGUCCAGAACUGAAUAUUAAACAUAGGAAUUGUGUCUGUGAUGAUGGACAGUUGGUUUGACAGAUAAAAAAGUUCAAAACUGACGAUUGGCAUUUUACCAUACAUUUUGUAGGUGUGAUGUUCCCUUGAAAGCCAAUUAUAAGUCAGGCGAAAAAGCUUCAAGAAAUGAGAGAAAAGUACACUAUAGAUGUUCUUUGUUUCGAAAAAUUAAUUGUUGCAGUGAAAUAAUGCGCACAAUACUAAGGAUAGGUGUUGGAGGUAGUUUUAAAAGAAGUCAAUGGAUCAACAAACCAUUGGCAUCUACUCGUUUUUUAUGCCCCCAGAUCGAAAGAUCGGGGGCAUAUUGUUUUUGGCCUGUCUGUCUGUCAUUCAUUCAUUCAUUGUGUGUGUCCCAAAACUUUAACAUUGCUUAAAGUUUUGCAAUGACUUUUGCAUUAUUGAAGAUAUCAACUUGAUAUUUGGCAUGCAUGUGUAUCUCAUGGAGCUGCACAUUUUGAAUGGUGAAAGGUCAAGGUCAUCCUUCAAAGUCUUAUGUCAAAUUUAUGGCUUCAAAGCGGGGCAAUAGGGGGCAUUGUGUUCUGACAAACACACCUCUUGUUUAUCAAUAGUCCUUCCAUCUGUCUGUUUGAGGUUAACCUAAAAUGACAAAUAUUGUCUAAUAUCAUAAAUGCUUUCUUAAAGCCUUUGAUACUUGCAUGGAUGAUUUCUUUCGACACUAUCAGCGCAAUCACUUCACCUGACCUAUUUAUAACCAAGACAUUGACUUUGGACUGUAAGUAAUUCACGACGUCCAAAUUCCUGGUUAUAUUAAAAUUAGGUUUAGUGUUAUAUCUUGCUUCAAAGCUUUGAAACUUUCAUGGAUGAUGUUUUUGAACUCUCUAAAGACAUCUGAAUCAACAGACCUUAUUUUGGACAAAUGAACCUACUUUUGGACAUAUUCAGCAGGUCAAAUUUCUUGAUUUAUCCAAAUGGACCAUUUGCCUAACUAAAACUUCUGACUAAAAAGCUUUGAAACUUGAUUUCAAUGUUAUAAGCUCGUACUUUCCAACUGAUCUCAGUUUGACCUUAAAACUUACCUUCUUUUGGACAUUAAAAAAAAAAUCAAAACUGUCAAGGUUUACUAAUGGGCAUAUGCGUUUAUUAAAUUCAUCAUCUUGUUUUUAGUUUAAAAUGAAGAUAGUAAAAGUUGCUUUUUUAGGUUAUGUAUAUCUGUGUAAAUGGGGUGAAGGGUAAAUUCAUAGAUUUGAAAAGGUAGAAUUUUUUUGUACAUUAAGUAUAUAAAGUAUAUUUUUCUUAUUGAAACUCAAUAAUAGGUAGGACUUUGUUGUUAAUAUGACCUUUCUAUUUCUUCAAGUAUUUCUAAGACUUUAUUUUAAGAAUUCGGAAAGUUAUCCUCUGCAUCAGGAACUCAAGUAAUAAGGAUUUUUUUAAUGCUGCAUUUCAUGAUAAUCAACAAGAACAUAAACAUGUUUAACAUGCUUAUUUGAGGAAAACUGGGCUUAAUCUUUAUGCUUAAAAAUAAACCUGUGCAGUUUACACAGGGUUAUCUUGGAAACACUGCGCUGUUAUGAAAGUUUCGUUCACAGGAGGUCUCUUCUAAACCGCAAUCCAGUGAAGGAAGAAUGUUUUGACCCUUAUUAGCCUGUGGUGACCACACAUGCAUUAAGCAUAGCUUGUCCAGAAAUAAGCUUAAUUGAAGUGAAAUAUUGAGGCACUGCACCAGUACAGGAUGAUUAUAUGAGUCAGGUUCUGAGAAAACUGGGCAUAAUGCAUGUGCGUAAAUUGUCGUCCCAGAUUAGCCUGUGCAGUCCGCACAUGUUAAUCAGAGACAACACUUUCCGCCUAAACAAGAUUUUCGGUAAGGAGGGACUUUCUUGAAACUAAAAAUACCAUAAAAGUCGAAAGUGUUGUCCCUGAUAAUCCUGUGCGGACUGCACAGGCUAAUCUGGGACGACAUUUUACGCACAUGCAUUAAGCCCAAUUUUCUCAGAACAAGACACAUAUAUGGAAAAUUUCCAAUAGGCUUCAUAUGAAAUUCCUGAGAUGUUUCAGGUCAAUAAUGGAACUGUCAGCUAUUGUAAUUAUGUCUGGAUGUGUUAGGCUUUUAUUGUAUACACUAUGCUUAGCUGUCCAAAAAUAAUUUUCCAAUGUGGGAUUGCAUUUGAUUCCUUUAAAAAAUCAGUUAUUUAUUCCAAAAGUGCACCAUUUUAGGCUAAGAAUAAUAAGGUUAUUCAUUAAACUUCCAUUGUUUACAUUAUGCUUGUAUUGUUAUAUGUUUUGUUGAUUAUGUUUAGAAAUGAAGUAAAAAACUGA